GCGUUGAAUCGGCGAAUGGCAACUUCCGACGCCCGAAAUGCUCUUCUGUGCAGGGUGUUAAGCAUUAAGCGGGGGAAAGCCUAGAGCGGACAACAGCCUGAAGUUCCGGUCUAAUGUUUAGGGGAGCAGGAGGGCGUCGCUCUAGCCGUCUUCUCGUUGAUGAGAAGCCCUGUCUCUUUUGCAUGGGAAGUUAGGACGGCGAGCUAGUGCCGGAAGUGCCUUUCGGGAUGGAGGAUGGGGCUGCUGUGACUCUUGUAUAUCUUCUCUCUCUUCCUCUCUGAGGUCUACAGGUGACCACCAUCUCCCCACCACCCAGUUCUCUCCCUAGACCUAGCAGUGACCAGCAAAAAUGGACCCUGACUUGCACAAAGUUCGUCACACAGUACAAGAGGCACUGAGCCUCCUUUCUUCUUCCAGAGAUGGGGUCCAGAUCACUGAGACUUUGAGGGCAAUGAAGUGCUACUUGGGUGGAACGGAAAACCCUCCCUCCGUGAACGAGAAGGAAGAAUUUACUCGCAAUCAUUUCAGUACCUUUCUUCGGUGUCUUAUCAGAAACUUGAGUCCUGACUGGCUGGAGCAAGUCCAUUUGGAGAUGGAGCUUUGGGAUAGCUUUUUCCUGGAAGGACCAGCAGACCAGUCCUUCAUGGUUUUAUUGGACACUGUCAUUUCUACAGAGCCCAGCUUCCGACUGAACAAAGCCAUCGAUGUCCUGGAGCAGUUCCUGCAGAGAGGUGGGAUGUCGUCUCUGAUGUGGGAGGUCUGCAAGCAACAAACGCAAGCCGGCUUCCCACUGCUCCAGGAAGCGAUCCUCAACAAGGUUGUCUGUCUGCCUGACCACCUGGGAAACAAGCUCCAGGGAGAAAACCGCUCAGUCUUCUUCCCCCAAAACUACUUUCCAUUGCUGGGUGUGGAAAUGGUCCAGGUGCUGGAGAGGAUCUUUGAGUCGCUACGAGGCGGGUUGGACAGCUCCAUCUCCUUUGUGUCUCAGGUGCUGGGGAAAGUAUGCAUGCACGGAAGGCAAAAAGAGAUCUUGAAAGCCGUGGUGCCCCACCUAACCGAGCGCACCCACUCUGACUGUAUCUGGCAGAGGAUUUGCUGGCGGCUGGUGGAGAGUGUGCCCGAUCGCUGGAUGGAAGCGGUGGUCUGCGGCUUUGUGCAGGCAGCACCGGGGUCUGCUGUGUUGUCACGCUUGCUGGGCAACUUGGUGGUCAAAAGCAAAAAGGUUCAGUUUGUGAUGACCCAGAAACUGCUGCUGCUUCAGUACAGCCAUCCGACUGCAAUGCUGCAGACCCUCCUUGGAUACCUGGCCUUGGACCGCACGCGGCGUCCCUUCCUGAUCAAGGUUCUGAAGGAGCUGCUGGAGACCUGGGGUAGCAGCAGUGCUGUGAAACACUCCCCCGUGGAGCAGCAGCUGUAUAUCGGCAAGGCCAUCGUGAUCUGCCUCUCCCACUUGGAAGACGCGGAACUAGCAAGCCACAGGGAAGAGCUGCUCACAAACAUGAUGGAAGGGAUGAAAUGCCACCUGGACAGCAACUCACCCCGCGUCCGACAUCUGGGAAUGCUGGUCGCAGAGAGUGUCAGUGCCAGGAUAACACCUGAAGGUCCUGCCUUGAUAUUCCAGUAUGAGGAAGAAGAUGAGAUAAGAGAAUUAAAAUCCUUGCUUAUUCAGAAACCAGAAGAGACCCCUGUCCAUGAAGCACCGAGCAUGGGGAAAUCAGCUUUGACGCCAGACACAGUUCUGAAAUCCAGUGCAAAGCUGCAGCCGGCUGCCUCUGAAGAACUGGACCCAGGGGUUGACUCGGAGCUUGACAGUGAUGAUGACCUCAUUCCGUAUGACAUGUCGGAGGAUAAAGAACUGAAGAAGACCAAAGCUCCUGCCUACAUCCGAGAUUGUAUUGAAAUCUUGACUGGGCCUGAAGAUGCAGACAAAUAUGAAGCCACGAUGAACGUCCUGGAGUCCCUGAUUCGAAGGAAUGCAUCAGCUGCACGAGAGGUGAGUGUGGAAGUGGCAAAGGUCCUGCUGCAUCUGGAAGAGAAGAGCUACAUCGAAGGCUUUGUGAUGCUCCGGCAAAGUGCUCUGGUGGCCAUCGCUGCCACAGACCCAGUCCCAGUAGCCCAGUACCUGACCUCCGAGUUCUACUCCUUGAACUAUAGCCUCCGCCAGCGCAUGGACAUCCUGGAUGUUUUGGCAAUGGCAGCUCAGGAGCUCUCUCAGUCUGUCACUUCUAUGACAAAACAGCUUCCGAACCCCAAACAUUCCAGCAUCCAGAUCCUAUCUGGCAACAGUUCCUCUCCAGACUGGCGAAAAGUUGUGGAUGAAAGGAUCCAAAGCAAGACUCGGAGGUUUGCAAAGGGCUCAACGCGAGCACAGCCAGCGUUUGCCCCCAACAAGUUUGGUCCAGUGGCUGGCCAUUUCUUCUUCCCGCUUCUUCAGAACUUUGACAGGCCACUCAGCACCUUUGACCUCUUGGGAGAUGAUCACCUGGUCCUGGGUCGGCUGGUGCACACCUUGGCGAUUCUGAUGUACUUUGCUGUCCACACUGCGGUAGCAACUUCAAUGGGAAAGGCAUUGCUAGAGUUUGUUUGGGCUCUGCGUUUCCAUGCAGACACAUACGUACGCCAGGGACUUCUGUCUUCUGUCUCUUCCACGCUCCUCAGUGUUCCCGCUGAGCGUCUUCUGGAGGACCUGACGGAGGAGCUUCUGGAGACCCAGGCCUGGCUGGCAGAUGUUGCAGAGAAAGAUCCAGAUGGCGAGUGCAGGAGUUUGGCCCUGCAGAGCCUGCUGCUGAUGGAAAACCUGAAAAAGCAGCUCGGAAUGGCUCCUUUCUCGUGAAGGAGGGCUGCGCGGGGGAGGUGCCCUUCGCCUACCCUCUGGCCAGCUGGUGGCUUCCUAAGCACAGCCCCGCACCCGGCCGGGAGGAAAGGGAAACCAGGUACUGCCUUGCAGGCCAGGGAAUGUGGCUGGACAUCUGGGCUUGAUAGCAGAGGCCAACGGAGUGUGCUGUUGCUGGACGGACAGGAAGGUGUGCGGGGACGGCCAUCCUUUCUGCAUGCAUCCCCCUCCUUCAUGUGGUGUCCUGUUGGUUUGUGGCCUGGAGGCCUUCGCGAAAAGGCAGUGCUCCAGGUGCAUUUGGCCAGUGUUCCACGAGCAGCGUGCGGUAAUGCGUUGCAGCGAUCAGCUUCUGGGCUUUCACUUCUUGGCAUCUGUGGAACGGCGUGAUUCUGCCCACGAGACCCUGAUCUUCAGCCAUGCUGGAGAAACCUUCUGGGCAGGAGAGGAACCAGACUGUAUGGUCUGGAGUGUGGUUCUCCCCACUCCCCCCCACCCCCCAAAUGAUUUGACAGACAUUUAAAGAGUGGCUUGUUCCUAGGGAGCUCGCUUUGUAGAGCCCAGGAGGCCAGGACCUUGGGGCUUCUGCUGAGAACUGGGGCUAGCGUGGCUUUUAGCCAAGAACUCUUCCCACUCUCUUAGCAUUUGCUGUAGGCAGUACAGGGUGAGGUCAGACAGCUGUGCAGUGUCAGGGAAUGACCCAGGAUAACCCAGGAAGGAUAACCCAGAGAUGUCCCUGGCAUCAGGAACCGAGGAGAACUACCCAGAACUUUGAGACCGGAAUGUGAUGGCUGUAGGGUGACUGCGGCCCAAAUCCACCACCAUGGAGAGGUGGUUCGAGGUCUGUAUUGCCCGGCUCAUCGGAGCCUGGAGUGACUCAUUCUAUGGGCUGCGGAGUCUCGGUUGAGCAGGCAGGGGGCAGUUUGCCAGACUUUGCACAAGCUAGUAAUGGCUAAUGGCAGCACGGCGGGACUCCUGAAUGCAGCUCAGCUCGGGUCUGAAUGGCUGAUUUGGCAGCACAGUGAGGCUGGUUUAACAUCACACGGUGGAGGGCUGGUGGGUACUACUGUCUUGGUUGUGGUGUGCAGGUCACCUGACUUCUGUCUCCCAUGCCACUAUUCAACACGCAUUACAUUGGUGUGCAAAACUGCGGUCUGCUUGUUCUGAACCAACGCACCAGAUGCCCCAAAGUGACCGAGGGUAGGACACCAGAGUGGACACUACUUAAUUUAGCUUUUCAAAUGGUGUACAAGGAAGCCCAUGUCAAUAUCUGUCCUUUCCAAGACCUUUUUAUGAUACCACAAAGGACUCUGACACUUUUGUUUCUAAAAAGUUUAAUAAAAGUAUUAAAAUAUA